AUGACUAAUUCACCACCAGCAAGAAUAUCUUCUCCCACUUUAUUCCCACCGACCAUCACUAAUUUCAAAGGGAAAGACAUUACGUUUUAUCCUACUCCUCCACCUUCGCCGAAUUUGGAUCAGAUCGAUUUAAGUCAAGUGGUUGUCGAAAAAGGUAAAAAAACGGUCAGUAGCGGUGAAGUUGAAAUUACGAUUGAAACGAUCGAUAGCGGGAUUUUUAAGAAAGAUUGGACGUCAUCGUCGAUUCCGGUAAAUAACACAAGUACUACUACUGUUCCUAUACAAUUCAAACCGGAUGAACACAACGACUUUGUCAAUUCAAGUAUUUCAAGUGAAGGAAAUAACUCUAUUGGAAUAAAUGGACCAGAUGAAUCUGUUAGAUUAGACGGAAAGAACAACGUCAUUGUGAAUCUUCCCAUUACCGACCAUACAUCUAGCGCAACUGGACCCGACCCACUUGGUGGAGACAACUACGAUACAUCAAGUCUAAGGUCGCGUGACGAAAUAGGAAAACAAACUUUCUAUUCCGCUUCUUUAGGUCAAGAUUCCGGUAUCCCCAACUUGAAAAUCAUCCCCAAAGAAAACCUCUCCGCGUCAAAACACACAGACACCAAGCCGGAGUCGGUAAAUUCCAAAGUGGAUGUUGAAGAUCAUACCAAUCCUUCUGACCACAGCAACGACGUUUCCACCAUUGACCAUUGGUCUAUGUCAAAUCCUGGUCUUUCGAACUUUUCUUCACCAGCUUCCGUACCCACAUCUACACUAGUCACCCCACAAACCCCAAGUCAAGGUGCUUUUGACGACUUCUUUACUGGUCUUUCUUACAUCUCUUCCACCGAUCUCACAGAAGAAGAAUCAACAUCGAAGUCUAUCCCUAUCUUUUCUAUCGAGUCAGAGACAACACCCACUUCCACGCUUAACACCAGUGUCUCACGUCAACACCGUUUGGGGACAAGUCAAUCGAUUACCAAUCUACGUUUGACAGCGCCCACUUCGUUGCUAGGAGUCUUGGGUGGUAAUCGAGUCUUAUCGUUUAAUCCUCAUUCAUUACUUGCUCUCAUGCCUACCACAGCCGCUGCCAUUGCUUUGCCUAGGGAUACGGAUGAAGAUCAAGUUGAGGAUUUACUUGGGGGACGAGAGAGUGUUCCGACUGUGAUACCUCUUUUGGGACGUUCUAGUAGUAAAGGGAAAUUGAAGAUUAACGGAUGGUCAGAAAGCUCAAUUUUCGUCCAUCCCCCCACACCCGAGAGAAUCCAAAGUCCAGCGACAGAAAGUGAAGACAAGAUGCUUCCCACUUCUGACAAGUCCACCGGUUCAUCUCGAUUAUUCGCUAGAUCGUCACCCCUCCCUCAUCAACAGGUUUUACCUGAAGUUCGAUCCCCUCCACGGAGCGCCCUUUCCAUGGCGACAGACUCGAUACAGUUGUCUCAACGCCGAGGUCGUCGACCACGUUUGUUCGGUUUCACUGAAUUACCAGAGACGUCUGGUAGUUCCGGCAAUAGUUCUCGUGCCAACUCACGAAACAACUCUAGAGAUAACUCACCAGAAACUAGCUCGUCCACUUUAGUCCAACCGUCCCCUAAACCCCAAACGACCGCCACCUCAUCCCCUAUCAAAGUAGUCAAACCUUCGCCAGUCUCUAAUAGCGUGAUUUCAUCCUCAGCUCCUGUUUAUUCAUCCAAUCCCACUUCCCCUCCUCAAAGAGGUCGACGAGGGUACGUCUCACCUCCAUCCACUUCGAACCCCUUACCUGCCUCGAAAUCCGAGUUCAUGGUAAGAGGACCAAGUCAAGGUGCCCUUCCUCGCCGACCCACCGUUCGCGUUCGAUCCGAAGCUGCACUCAAGACUCUUCAACAACAACCUCAACUACCCCGUCGACGUGAGAACGGUCUCAAACUUGAUUUCACCGGAAUAAUCAAAAUACCCCCUCCUGAAGAUCUUGAAUCAGCUGUCAUUUCCUCCCCCUUUUCCGCCAAGCUAAUCCGUAAGAAAUCAGGAGAGAUACUCAAACCCGCCAUCAAAUAUUCCGGUCCUCUCACUAUCAACGGUACCCCUUUACCUGAAGACGAACCGAGGGAAAGGGAAAGACCGAGAUUCGAAUCGAAAUCUUGUCCCAACACCCCUUCUUGUCCAAAAUACGUUCACUUUGACAGUCAUCUCGAACGAGUCAAGGUUUUCCGAGGAGAUCAGAAACCUCAAGUUGUCAGUCGGAAUGGUUCACCCACCGAACAUCCCACCAGUGGAGAAGAAAGCGAGUUCCCUUUCCCUUCUACGGAUGAAGAUGAAAGGGAUAAAAGAGUUCUUCAAAUACGUCUUCCUAAUUUCCCAUCUACACCUGCUCCCGACGCCGAUUUCUACCUCGAAUCUUUAUUCCUAGAUGAUGAUCGGAAAUCUCUCAAGGGAGUGGUCAUGUGUCGAAACUUUUCGUUCCAGAAAUGGGUAGCGGUGAGAUUCACAUUUGAUUUCUGGCAAACCACUUCGGAGGUGACAGCAAGUCAUAAAGAUUCCGUACGAGGAGGAACCUACGACAGAUUCUGCUUUGUCAUUAAAUUACAUGAUUUAUUGGCCAAGAUUGAAGAGAAAUCCUUGUAUAUAGCGUUACGAUAUACCACCGAUGGUCGAGAAUUAUGGGAUUCAAAUGGAGGACAAAAUUAUCAAGUGGUAUUUGAGAAAAACCUACCUGUCAAAAGUAAGAAACUCACACCUGCUAGAGGAAGCGGUAGUAUUCAACCAGGUAUGGGGAAAGCAGUAGGAGGUAGAACAUCUCAAUGGACAGUAGCUGGUGGACAAGAUGAUAGAAUGGCAGAUUUAAGAGCUAAAUUGGAAAGAAUGUCAGCCGAUGAUCCUGAUUCUCCACCUCAAUCUUCAACCGGAGCUGUUUCACGUAUAUUUUCACCUACGAAACGUCUCAAUCCACUUUCACCAGAAAUGAAUAAGAUCGGUAUGGGUUCACCAAGAUUCAAUUUUUCAUCUUUAGAACCUAAUCAACCUGGUUCACCAAGUAAUCCAAUGGGAGAAUUACCUACCACCGGACAAACUUUAGCGGCGAGAUACGAUUUUAAUUCAGCUUUUAAAUUUCAAACUAGAAGAAAUUCAAAUUCACCUUCACCAAGACCGGAUCAAUUACCAGAUGUAAGAACGGGUUUAAUAACUUUUGGAAAAUCUCCAAAUAAAAGAACAUCAAGUCCUCCUAUUUUAUCCGAAUCUGAAUCAAAAGGUAGAAUCCCAGAUGGUUUACCAAAUAUUUCUAGUGGUGAUACGUUUUUCUCACCGAGAAAUAUGUCCAGUCCUCUCUUUGAUACAGAUGAAUUUAUAAGUCCAAAACAAAUGACGAUCAAACAACUUGAGAAUCAAGAUGAUCUCGGAAUAAUACAAAGAUCAAAAGAGGAGAAAGUGCAAGAUGAAUCGAAUCAUGUCGAGGAGAAUGUUUUGGAUGAAGAAGAUGAUGAAACGGAUGAAAUGAAUGAUUCUCCUCCUGCUUUAGAACCUAGUGGUAGUGUGACGGAUACACCUAGCGAAAGUCCGAAAUCACCAGCGGAACCGAUCAUGUCACGUUGGAGUCCAACUGCUAGGAUUAGGUUUGAUAAAGGUGAAGCUGGGUUAGAUAAGACAUAUACGGAUUUGGUUGAACAAUACUGUUGGGGAGGAUCAGCAAUCACAAUGGAACCACGUCGUUCACAUUCAGCUUCAGAUCUAGAAUCAUAUUUCUCCAACCCACCUUCUCCCACCAAACCUCCAAACAAUCACAUAGGAGAUGGAACCACAACACCUAAAGGAAAACGUCCAGGAUUAUACCAUUCACAUUCAUGUUCCCACGAUGGGAUUUCCUCCACUUCUCAAUCCCCAUCAUGGAUUUCCACCAGGUCCAAUGGGAAGGUUCCUGAUGCCAAAGCUUUAGAAGGAUUGUUAUCGAGUAUGACGGAUUUGAGAGAUAGAAGGGGUAAGGCGACCGUGAGAUCUUUAGGAUCUGAGGGUAUGUUAGAUGAUGGAGUGAAAGAACCGGAUAUGGGGGUUUUGAUGAGUAUGAACAGGAGGAGUGUACAAGCUGCUUAA